ACGCGAAUGAGGAGUCGGGGCAGAGCCAAUUGGAUCUUUUAGUUGCCCUCUGUUGGUUCUGGAGAUUCUGCAGCCUGCCGCAGCUUUUUUUCGCCUUCUCAUUUCAUCGAAUCCAUGUCGCUUAACUAUGGAGACCGGCUUAGAUGCCUACAAAAACCUCCCUUCCCUCCUUCAGUUCUCUCCCUAGAGAGUGGAUGUUGUUGAAGCUUUGCGUAUCGCCAUUUGCUCUUUCUGUUUCUCUGCCAAGACUUUCUUUUUUCUUUCUUCUUCGGCCAAGUUGAAUUGAUUGGUACGCCGAGGAAAGCAACCGGGAAACAGGAAUGGCCAGUUCACCUCCAGCCGCUGUACAGGCCGAGAGUCCAGCGACGAUAACGGCACAAACUCCAAUCCCCAACGUAACGGCACCUCUUGAGCCCGAGGAAGAAGGCAAUACAACUGACGAUGGUUCUUCAAUUGAUGAGCGCAUCUCCAACUUCACUGCCUCCCUAUCAUCAAGCGUUGUUGAUUACCCCGUGGAGUAUGGACGACGGUACCACGCUUACAGGCCAGGCACUUACAAGUUCCCCAAUGACGAGAAGGAGAUGGACCGACUAGAUCUCGCUCAUGCGAUGAUUGUCAAGGCAACGGGCAGCAAGCUCUUCCAUGCUCCUCUCGAUUGGGAAAAGAUCCAAUCGAUCCUUGACAUUGGAACGGGUACUGGACUUUGGGCUGUUGAGAUGGGCGACAUCUUUGAACGCGCCGAGGUUUACGGGAAUGACUUGAGCGCCAUUCAGCCUCAAUGGGUUCCUCCUAAUGUCAGGUUCGAGAUCGACGACGUCGAGAGCCCCUGGGUCGAGACCAAAAAGUACGACUUCAUCAUGUGCCGAUACAUGACAGCCUCCAUCACGGAUUGGCCAAAGCUGGUUCGCAACAUUUACAACCACCUCAACCCGGGCGGCUGGGUCGAGUUCCUCGACAUGAACCCGGAAUUCUACUCCGAGGACGGCAGCUACACAAAGGACCACACCACGUACAAGUGGAACCAGGCCUUCCUGGGCGCCAUCCGGGCCGUCGGACGCGACCCGACCCCCGGUCCGGGGCACGAGGGCCGCGUCCGGGAGGCUGGCUUCGUCAACGUUACGGCGGAGAAGUACAAGGCGCCGCUGACGCCGUGGGCCAAAGAUAAGCACUAUAAGGACCUGGGCAUGAUGAAUCUGGUCCUGACCAUUGACGGUCUGGAGGGUUUUUCCAUGAAGAUGUUCACCGAAGUCCUCGGACGGACGAGGGAGGAAGUCGAAGCGGAAAUCAGGGGCGUGAGGAACGAGUUGAAGGCCAACCCGCCUGCUUUUCAUGCCUUGGUUGAUUAUGACGUUGUAUAUUGCCAAAAGCCAUUCGUAUGAUUCUAAGGUUUGGCAGAGAGCGAGCAUUGUAAUUUUCGGGAAAAAAGAGAAAGAAAGAAAAGAAAAGAAAAAAAAGGGGGGGUUCCUAUUAUCGAUUAUUUGUGCUGUCAGGCACUCCGUCCGUCUCUGUUGUUUUAUACUUGAUACCCACUUGCAAGUCAGACAGGAAUCACCCCUUAUAGGUUGAAUACGGGCAAAGAACAUAAACUAUAUUAACAAGCUUGAGACCUUG